GAGGUUAGUUGGUUUUGUAGAAUAAAUCGAUAGGAGACGAAAUCUGGAAACGGGUGCUUCUAACUUUUUCUAGGACUGCCUUUCCUGUACACAGUACGCUGUACUGUUCGACUUGGCACGUGUAACCGGCCCUUAAAAUGGAUGCAGUUCAACAUUCUGCAGCCUAUCAAAGCACAGAAGAGGAAAUUCCAGAUGCUAGCCUGAAGGGCUUGUCUCUGGGAGAUAGUGAAGCAUACACACCUCAGACUGUGUACAACUAUGACGACCUUUUUCCAGCUCUUCCAGAGAAGGAGCUGAUCCAGAUGGCUCCGCAGACUGACCUGGGACAAUGGAACAGACAAAUGAAAGUCCGAAGCUCUGUCAUAACACAGGUGUUUCGAGUCCCUUUAGAAGAAAGAAAAUACAGGGAGAUGAGUACACACCGCUUUGGUGAGCAGGGAGAGCAAGCCAAAACCUGUGCUGAGAUCAUGCAGAAAACUGGGGCUCACAUUGAGGUCAGCUCUUCAAAGGAUCAAAGCUUGACUAUCUUGGUGACCGGCAAGGAAGAUGCUGUACUAAAGGCUCGACGAAAGAUUGUGAAUGAAUUGCAGACUCAGGCUGUUGUAAGUAUAUCCAUUCCAAAAGAACAUCAUCGCUUCAUUUUGGGAAAAAAUGGCAAAAAACUGUCUGACUUGGAGCUGAGUACAGCUACUAAAAUUACUGUUCCAAGACCUGAGGAUAACUCUGACAUCAUUAGAAUCAGUGGAACCAAGGAAGGUACUGAAAAGGCUGCACAUGAAAUUCAAGUUAUCUCUGAUGAGCAAGUAAGUAAAACUUGA